CUUUCGUGUUUUAAAAUGUCUGAAAUUGCCAUUUUCACUUAGUCCAGUGGUUGUCAGUUUGUUUUUCACCUGGUGAAAUCCUGUGUCAUGCUGUCACCAAUCUGAACCAUACAGUUCUGGCUGGAGGACAUCAUUACACGGACGAGGUGGUGCUGGUGUUCUAUCCAUUGUGAGCUGGCCGCGCCUAGUUUCUCUUUCUUGACCAACUCUGGCGAGGUCCCGACCUCUGUUAUACCAGAGACCCUGCGAUUUCCUUAGACCAACAUGGCCGGUUACAGCUUUAUGAACGAUUUGAGCAAUGUUGUGCGAAUGGACGAACCUAUCACUCGAGGCCCGGCACCUCGGUGGCAGAAGAAGCACCUCGAUGCAUCCAACACCAGUGUCAACAUGAGCUUAAAUGUGUCCCGAGGCAAAAUGAAUGCAUCCUUGAAUUGCAGCACCAAUCAGUCUAAAACUCCUAGUAAAGGUGGUUCCAGCCGGUCCAAAACGCCAUCAAAGACUCCUUCAAAAACACCAUCCAAGUCUCCCCGAUCGAACCCUUCAUCCAAGUCCCCUACGCCAGGGAAAAGUGGUGGUGACAGAUUUAUUCCUAAUAGAUUAGCCACUGAUUUUGAUCUUGGCUCAUUCAAGUUGAAGCAGCAAGCCCCUGAGGAGGGUGAGAGCCCUACACAGGCAGAGAAACAGCGCGUGAUGUCAGAAAACCUUCAUGGGCGUGAUAUCAACAAUCAGCGCAUAUUAUCCUAUCAAAACAAAGCUCCCCUGCCCCCAGAAGGAUACCAGAAUCACUUGAAGGUUGUAUACACCCAAAGCAAAACUCCAGCAUCUGUGAAGGGCACUACUCGGUAUAUUCCUCAAGCUCCUGAUCGUAUUCUUGAUGCACCUGAAAUAUGUGAUGACUAUUAUCUGAACCUUAUCGACUGGGGCCACAACAACAUUCUGGCUGUUGCUCUUGGGGCCAGUGUUUAUCUCUGGAAUGCUGCCACUGGAAGUAUUGAACAACUUUUGGAGUUGGAAUCUAAUGAUAAUGUCAGCUCAUUGUCAUGGAUUCAGGCUGGGGAAGGUGAACACUUGGCUGUAGGAACAAGCCUUGGAACUAUUCAGCUUUGGGAUACUUCUGCCAUGAAACGUGAAAGGAUAAUGGCUGGUCAUGGAGGUCGUGUGGGCUCUCUUUCCUGGAACUCCUACAUACUCAGCAGUGGCUCUCGAACUGGACAAAUUAUACACAGUGAUGUCCGAAUGAGGGAGCAUAAUGUACUGACAACAAAUGGACACACUCAAGAAGUUUGUGGGUUGAAAUGGUCACCAGAUGGACGUUACUUAGCCAGUGGAGGCAAUGACAAUUUGCUAAAUGUUUGGCCUGUGAACCAUGGUACAAUGCAUACCCAAGCUCAGCCACUGUAUUCAUUGAGUGCUCACCAAGCUGCUGUGAAGGCGGUUGCGUGGUGUCCCUGGCAGCCGCAUGUUUUGGCAUCAGGAGGUGGCACUGCAGAUCGCUGUAUCCGCUUCUGGAAUUGUAACACUGGUGUUCUCUUGAACACUGUAGACACAAAGUCUCAAGUUUGUGCCAUAUUGUGGUCUGCACAUUACAAAGAAUUAAUCUCUGGACACGGUUAUGCCAAUAAUCAACUUAUCAUUUGGAAGUACCCUUCCAUGGCCAAGGUUACUGAAUUGACUGGACAUUCUGCAAGAGUUCUACACAUGGCAAUGUCACCUGAUGGUACUACAGUCAUAUCUGCUGGUGCUGAUGAAACACUACGACUCUGGAAAUGUUUUGCGGUUGAUCCAGCGAAGAAAAAAUCUACGAAAGAAGUUAAAGCUGAACCAAGUCUUCUCAAAACACGAAUCAGGUGAUUGGCCUAUGAAGAAUGAUCUCCUGUCAUGGUUUUGUGAUAUUUUACAACUAUCAGUACUAUCAGUAUUGUUUUACCUCUGUACGAAAAUACCGAUGGCUGUGUGUGCACCUUUUAAUUUGACAUUUCAUGUGUUUACACUUAAUUAUUUUGACUGAUUAGCUUUGCAGAUUUUUUGUGCCUUUUCUUAGAGUUUUAACUUAAUUGACAAAUGUACCCACUUGUGUGUUAAUAAAGAAUUAGAAUUAUACAUAA